GAUGCAUAAAAAGGUUUCCCUCAUGUUGAUUCCAUUUUGAUCUUGUUCCUCGAUCUGUUUUGUGAUUAAGAAAAAGCAAAAAACGCUAUUCGACUGCCGUCCAUAACGCGAAAUGGAAUUGAUAGCGACGAUUGACGCAAAGUAUUUCAAAUGUAACUUAGUGACAAAGUUGUUCCUGUGGGCAUGGACGACAACUUGCUCAUGUGGUUCUUUUUUUGUUGGUUUUUUCAUGUCAUUCAUAAAGUCUAUGCUGCCACACUGGAAGCGUUUUCUCAUCUAAGUGAAAUUGUCUGUCUUGAAGCGCAAAAUGGUCAGUUGGUGAUGAGUACAGUGGAUGCUCAAAGGAAUGCACAAGGGUUUUCACAGAUAUCAAGAGAUACAUUCAAGGAUUACAAACUCAUCACGGACAGGUCAUCCUCAGCCAUCACCUUACGUUGUACUGUUGCAAACAAAAACUUGAAUAGUAUAUUUAGAAAUAAUAUGUCGUAUGCUUCUAUGAACUUGGUACAGGAAUGCCAAAUUCGUAUUGUGCAGCCAGCCAUCCAAGAAAAUGAAGACGAAGAAGAAGAACAACAACAACAUGUUCAUAAAGAAGCACGCAUCUACAUGAAGCUCGUGCUGAAGAAUGGCGUCACAAAAAAGAACACACUCCAUUAUCAUGAGGGAAGUCCGAUUGAUAGGUACUUUCGACCGUCCUAUCCAAAGCAGCUGGAAUGUCAUCCAUGUUUGUUAAAACCGUUCAUGACAAAAUUCGAUCCUAAAACAAUAGAAAUUGCACUGAUUAUCACGCAAAGCAAGUUUAUUUUACAAUCAUCGUAUGAAAGAGACUCAGUAUGGAGAGAUGAGUUUCAAGAAGGUAGGAUGACGAUGAUCAACAACAGCAGUAGUAGUAGUAAUAAUAGUAGCAGCAGCGAUAAAAAGGAUCGUGUCAAGUCUACUUUUUCUUUGCCUGCUGCGGACUUUACUCGAUACCCAGAACAGCCUGAUUAUCUUAUUGUCAGCCUCCGUGAAUUCAAAACAAUGAUUGAGUAUAUGGAAAGCUUAAAUUCUCAGCUCUAUUUGGAAUUUCAAGGUCCUGGACACCCUCUUUUAUGUAAAUAUACGGUAGAAGGGGCUGUUCGUUCAUUUAUCGCAUUACAAACAAAAUCGACACGGCAUCCUGAACGCGACACAGAAGAUGCUAGUUUUAUAUCCGAUAUAGAUACAGCGGCGAGUGCAACCCAUCACGCGUCGUCGUCUUCAAGGGCGGCUGCUGCUCAGAGACACAGGCUUGCUCGUUCAAGAGCGUCACAAGGACAGCAGGAGCAGGCAUCGACGACGACAGCAGAGCAACUUUCCACCAUCACGGUAGACGAGUCUACUUGUUCCAUCGGUCAGGAUAAGCAUGGGUUUGUCAGUAGCAGCGCAGAUACUGUCAUUUAUCACCAUGAGGACCCUCAGCAGCAGCAUGCUCCUUCAGAGGAACACAUGAGUUCCUCUUCCUCGUCGUCUACCUCCUCGUUAUCAACAUCGAAUGCGUCAUCCGUACGAGAUCAGAGAAAGGAAACGACAAGAACGGAACAAAAUAAAGCUUCAGAAGAGGAGGAGCCGCCUUUAUUCGAUCCUGUCCCUCGAAGCACCAGCACGACGACGAGCGCGAAACGGACGUUCAGUGAAAAGGAGGGAAAAGGGCAGCAGCCUACUGUAUCGCCUGCUGCCACUUCCUCUUGUCCCCACUCGCCGCCACGACAACAACAACAACAACAACAACAACAACAGCACGAUGAAGAAUCCAUCGUGUCUCAUACCCCACCCUCUGCUAAAAAACAACGAUUAAGUGCCUUGGAAAGACUUCGUUUAUUGCAAUCAAGAAAUAGAAAUUCGAGGCAACACGACGGUACUCCAUGAACCAUGGGAGUAGGUUCACCCCAUCCAUUCCAUGGGUUCUAUUGGUUGCUGAAUUUCAAAUAGGGCUCAUGUACAAUAAUUUGUGAAAUAUUAAAUUCACGAUAAAUACCCCAUAUUUAGGAAUAGAAAAUGUUGGAAAAUGUUGGACACUGGUUUUACACACAUCAAACAAUUUUGCAUAAAAAUACAUUGUAAAACAAGAAAGAAAUGGUAUUUUUUGGGGGAGAAAGCCAGUCUGAACUGGAGGAUAGUAUGAAUCUUUCAAUUUUACAAAAGGGAAAAAAAAAAAAA